AUGGCUUCGGAAUCGCAAUCACCCUUUGCCCGCCUCGUGCGAUUCGUCCCACGAUCUGACCCCACCAAGAUCCUCAUUGGAGAACCUGAAUCAGACUCUGUCGACGUUGGUAUCGCGGUGCGCAACGGUGAGGAUGUCAAGGUUGUGGUGUGGUCGGGAUCUAGCGUCCUCAAGCCGGGCUCGAAGACCGAUCACCGGGCCAUCAUUGACCGCAUCCUCUCACCCGUUUCUGCCGACGAGGUCGGUACUAUCCGAUGCAUCGGUCUGAACUACAUUCAGCACGCAAAGGAGGUUGGCGUCGCUUUGCCUGACGUACCCACUGUGUUCCUGAAGCCGAAUACAGCGCUGGGAGACCCUUGGCCUGCACCAACUGUUCUUCCCCUACUUACUCAAGCAGAUGACUGCGGCGAUUACGAGUCUGAGCUUGCUGUCGUUCUGGGAAAGACCGCCAAGAAUGUAUCCGAGGCAAAUGCUAUGGAUUACGUUUUGGGUUACACUGCCUGCAACGACGUGUCCAGCCGGACAUACCAGCUGAACCAGUCUCAGUGGUGCUUUGCCAAGGGUUUCGACGGCUCAUGUCCCUUAGGCCCGACCCUGGUUUCUAAAGACCUCAUCCCGGACCCAGCUAAACUGCAAAUGCGGGGGCUCAAAAACGACGAAGUUCUCCAGCAAAGUGGCAUCGAUGAUCUCAUUUUCAGCGUCCCAAAGAUCAUUAGCUUCCUGUCCCAAAGCACAACUCUGCCAGCCGGUACCGUCAUCAUCACCGGCACCCCUGCUGGCGUAGGCUUAGGCCGCAAGCCCAAGGUAACAUUGAAGGAUGGAGACGAGUUCAAGGUUGAGAUCUUGCCUCACAUUGGAACACUUGUCAACGUUUUCCAGAACGAGGGUGUCACUGCUGUUGGGCAGUAG